CUGCCCUUUUGCUAGUCUUCAGUCAACGUUUGACAGCAGCGCAAUGUACAUCGCAUAUGGGAUUUGCUUUUGCACAUUUCUGAUGCUGGCAUCAGCUGUACAUGAACCAGAAAACAAUUGCGAGCAAUAUUUUUCAUAUAGUACUCAGAACAGGGGUCAAACAUACAUAGGAAUUUUUACGGCGCAUAAAAACUAUAUUAGGGAAUUUUACUGGGAGGCAGUAUUCUCAGCUCGCGGUAGUAUCAAUCAAGUCGGCGACCUUUAUCUGUUUCCCAAUAAUGAAGUGUUCGAAAGAAACAUUAGAAAUGGACAACCCGCCCAGGUGUACGUAAUCUUUCGGGAUAUUACAACAGAGCUGCCUAAACUGAUCAGUUUGAAACUCAAUGGAUUGACCCUGUGCACAAACGAGAAAUAUCCACCUUUUUCUAUUACGACUCGUGUUGCCCGGAGAAUAAACAUUAAGGAGACUCAAUAAUCUAUCAAAAAUGCUAAUUCUAAGUAAAAGCAAUUAAAAAUAUUGAGUAUACA